CCAUUCCCCCAUGUGGAACAAUCCCAUAUGCUCCAAAUUCACUUUCUCAAUUUUAUCUUUUAUUUACAAAAUAAACAAAAAAAAAACUCCCACUAAGAUAAUUCCCAAUUUCUCACACAUAUUCAUAACAUUUUAGUGACAAAUCUUGUAUCCAUUAAUCUUUAAUUAUGUCAUCUCCACCGCCGGUCACAUCUCCGGCACCCACAUCACCACCACCACCGGCCAACACCACCACACCACCGCCCGCCGCCACAACACCACCACCAACCACCCCACCGGCGGACUCCUCUCCACCACCCCCUAUCCCUCCCGCCGCAUCUCCGCCGCCGCCGGACACUCCAUCUCCGGCAACCUCCCCUCCGGCGCCACCCACAACCACCGCCCCACCUCCGUCCACUGGAUCCCCUUCGCCGCCGACGCCACCUACUCCAAGAAACAGCCCGCCGUCCCCUCCCGGCCGGUCUCCGCCGUCUCCGGCGGCACCUAGAGGUGGCUCCACUAGUCCUCCGGCCGAUUCAUCGGAUAAUUCUCCCGGAAUUUCAACUGGGGUUGUUGUUGGGAUUGCAGUUGGUGGGGUUUUGAUUCUUGUUGUGUUGAGUGUUUUGUUUAUUUGCUGUAAAAAGAGGAGAAAAAGAACUCAAGCUCCGGCCGGUUAUUAUGUUCCACCACCGCCUAAAGUGGAUUCUUAUGGCGGUCCACCACAACAAUGGCAGCAAAAUGCACCACCACCCACUGACCAUCAUAUAACAAUGCCACCACCACAACCUAAUCCCCCACCACCAGUGGCUUCCCGGCCACCACAGCCACCGCCACCGCAGCCGUAUAUCAGCAACAGUGGAGGUUCGGGGGGUUCAAAUUAUUCCGGCGGUUCAAACUCACUUCCACCGCCUUCACCCGGGUUGUCACUAGGGUUUUCAAAGAGUACAUUCACUUACGAAGAGUUAGCAAUGGCAACGGAUGGAUUUUCAGAAGCUAAUCUUCUUGGUCAAGGCGGGUUUGGAUAUGUACAUAGGGGUGUGCUUCCGAACGGAAAAGAAGUGGCGGUUAAGCAGUUGAAAACGGGUAGUGGACAGGGCGAGCGUGAGUUCCAGGCGGAAGUCGAGAUUAUUAGUCGAGUUCAUCAUAAACAUCUUGUUUCUUUAGUUGGAUAUUGUAUGACUGGUGCUCAAAGAUUGCUUGUUUAUGAGUUUGUUCCGAAUAACACAUUGGAGUUCCAUUUGCAUGGAAAGAACCGCCCUGUAAUGGAGUUCCCUACAAGAUUGAGAAUUGCACUUGGAGCUGCAAAGGGACUAGCUUAUCUCCAUGAGGACUGUCAUCCUAAGAUUAUUCAUCGCGAUAUUAAAGCGGCUAAUAUUCUUCUUGAUUUCAACUUCGAAGCAAAGGUUGCUGAUUUUGGGCUUGCCAAGAUCACUUCCGAUGUUGCUACUCAUGUCUCAACGCGAGUUAUGGGAACUUUUGGGUAUCUAGCUCCAGAGUAUGCAUCUUCAGGAAAACUGACAGACAAAUCAGACGUUUUCUCGUUUGGAGUCAUGCUUUUGGAAUUGAUCACGGGCCGCAGGCCCGUUGAUUCAGCCCAAACUUAUGUGGAUGAUAGUUUAGUAGACUGGGCAAGACCGUUGCUUACACGAGCUAUGGAUGACGGAAACUUCGACUCCAUAGUCGACUCACGUCUACAAAAAGAAUACAACCACAACGAAAUGGCCCGUAUGAUUUCUUGUGCCGCGGCCUGUGUCCGCCACUCAGCCCGCCGUCGGCCCAAGAUGAGUCAAGUAGUUCGGGCCUUGGAAGGCGACGUCUCACUCUCGGACCUAAACGACGGGACCCGCCCGGGCCAUAGCUCGUCUUACGGGAGCUCAGACUACGACACAGCCCAGUACAACGCAGAUAUGGUUAAGUUCCGGAAAAUGGCGUUAGGCACGCAAGAAUACGCAACCAGUGAAUAUAGCCGACCCACAAGUGAAUACGGGUUGUAUCCAUCUGGAUCGAGUGGUGAAGCGCAGGACACCCAUGAAAUGGAAAUGAACAAGUAUAAAAGAGACGGACCGGGCUUCAGUGACGGGUUCUGAUCCGAAAAGUUAAAACCCGAGUUGUGUAUAAAGUUUCUUGCUAAUCUGAUGAUAUUCAAAGUAUGAUUUUAUGUGAGUUUGAUUGUAUUUAAAUGUUACAUUUUGUUUUAUAUAACAGAAAUUCUUUUAUUUGAUUAUUUUAAGGAAGGUCU